CGCUAGUCUUUACCCUUAAAUACAAACGUCAACCCACUGGAACAAGUCACAAGAGACGAGACCAGGCGCUGGAGACAAUGGCACAGGCGGCAGACUCCAUCCUGCACAGUGGCUACUUCCACCCGACUCUCAGAUACUGGCAGACAUGUGCAUCAGACCUUAGACCUGACAAUCUCAUCUACCCCAUCUUUGUAACAGACAGUCCUGAUGCAGUGGAACCUAUUGCGAGCCUGCCAGGACAAGCAAGAUACGGUAUUAAUAAGCUAGAAGGAAUGUUGCAUCCGCUCGUGGAAAAAGGCUUGAGAUGCGUACUGAUUUUUGGAGUUCCUGCCAAAAUCACAAAGGAUGACCGUGGCUCUGGAGCUGACACCGAUGACACUCCUGCUGUUCAAGCUGUGAAGAAACUGCGAGCUCUGUUCCCUAAUCUGGUGCUGGCUUGUGACGUGUGUCUCUGUCCGUACACGUCCCACGGUCAUUGUGGGAUCCUGCGUGAAGAUGGCACCCUGGAUAACGCAGCGAGCUGUAUGAGACUAGCAGAGGUGGCACUGGUGUACGCACGUGCUGGUUGCCACAUAAUCGCCCCGUCUGACAUGAUGGAUGGACGGAUUGCGGCCAUUAAGCAAACACUCAUAUCCAAUGAUCUUGGCAACAAGGUGUCAGUGCUGAGCUACAGUGCCAAGUUUGCGUCCUGUUAUUACGGCCCUUUCAGGGAUGCCGCUCAGUCCAAGCCAGCUUUCGGAGACAGACGAUGCUAUCAGUUGCCCCCUGGUGCCCGGGGACUUGCUCUGCGAGCCUGUGAGAGGGAUGUGAAAGAGGGAGCCGAUAUGCUGAUGGUGAAACCAGGGUUGCCUUAUCUUGAUAUUCUGAGAGAGGUUAAAGAUAAGCACCCGAAACAUCCGCUGGCGGUGUAUAACGUGUCCGGAGAGUUUGCGAUGCUGUGGCACGGAGCACAGGCCGGAGCCUUCGACCUUCGUACAGCUGUCCUGGAAUCCAUGACCGCCUUCCGUCGGGCAGGAGCAGACAUCAUCAUUACUUAUUACACUCCUCAGCUGCUCACGUGGCUUACAGAGUGACAUGCCCAACCGUCUGAACCGAUUACUUCUGCUUUAUUCCAAAGGCUUUGCAACACAAAGGGCAUUGAGUUGAUGUUAAAGAGACGAGUCACUGAAUUCUUUCAUAGAAAUGAUGAUUUUUUUUACAUGUUCUUUGUGAGGAAAAAUAUGCAAUUUAACGUAAUCCUGUCUAUUGUUCCCGAGCUGUGAUGAUCAAAAAGUAAAUAUAGCAAACUAACACGUUCUGUUAGCAUUAAACAUGAUUACACGCCUUUGAUUUUUUUUGUUUGUUUGUUUUAUGAGCACCAUCUUUCAAAAAAAAUCAUUAAAUUAUUGAUACAGACAGUUAUACAAAUUAUGUUCAAAUGAAAAAGGAUGCUUUUGUGUCUCACUCACUCUCUCUCACUCAUCUUCUACCGCUUAUCCGAACUACCUCGGGUCACGGGGAGCCUGUACCUAUCUCAGGCGUCAUCGGGCAUCAAAGCAGGAUGCACCCUGGACGGAGUGCCAACCCAUCACAGGGCACACACACACACUCUCAUUCACUCACGCAAUCACACACUACGGACAAUUUUCCAGAGCAUGGUAGGCAUUUUACCUACCAUGCAUGUCUUUGGACCGGAGGAGGAAACCGGAGUACCCGGAGGAAACCCCCGAGGCACGGGGAGAACAUGCAAACUCCACACACACAAGGUGGAGGCAGGAAUCGAACCCCCAACCCUGGAGGUGUGAGGACGUGCUAACCACUAAGCCACCGUGCCCCCUGCUUUUGUGUCGAUUCUGUCAAUUUAAUAAACACCGAUUUGUUUUGUAAUGUGAUAAAA